CAUCCAUUUAUCUAUCUGACGUCCUUAUUCGAGUUUUGUGUGGACACAUUGCAGAGAAACAUUUCAUCGUCCGUACUGUGGAUCCAUUGAUGCAAUCGUCUGAUGACCAAUAUUCCAUGAUCGGUAAAAAACAAUCGUCACAACCGAUUUCCAAAUCGACAAUGACAGCCGAACCUUUAUCGCCACAAUGUUCACCGAUUCAACAGAAUGAUGAACAUGACCUUUAUGCUCAAUUUGAUCAAUUGGCCAGUAGUCGACAAACAAAACACGAAGACAAUGGUUCUGUUCUUUGUCGUGAACGCAUCAAAUCAUUUAUUGAAUUCGACGAUGACCCUGCAGAUUUUGAUGACACAGAACCAGCUGAACGGUCCAGUAAUUCGUCUGAAAGGCGACGAUCGACAAAGAGCACUACGUCCGAAUACUACAAGGAUGAUCUAAUCAAUGUGUUUCAUGGUAAACAACAAAGCUCUGAAUCAGAGAUGAUUGAAGGGGAAGAAGACGAAGAAGAUGACGUGUCCGAAACAGAAUCAAACGUUUUAUACGGACGACUUAAUCAGAUGGAACACGAACAAGAAUUGCUUAACAACUCAUUAGUCGCUCUUACCUCGCACUUUGCCCAGGUACAGCUUCGGCUUAGACAAAUUGUCGAAGCCAAAGACAUCGACGCCAAGAAACGAGAGACGCUUCUGGCCGAGCUUGAGACAUUCGCAAAUCGUGGAAUUCCCGAACUUAUGCUUUGCACAAAUCCGGCAUUAGCGAUUGAAGGUGGCACAAGCCUUCAACGAUCGGUGUCGAUGGCCACAAGUCUGAUGGCCGAUGAUGUUUUCGAAGACGAAGAUAACGAUGGCCCGAUUUACGAAGGCGAUGAUCAUAAACGCGACGAUUCUAUAAGCCGUGAUUACCAUGCCCGAAGCAGUUGGAGCUGUUCACAACCAGCAGCUGAUUAUGCUGAUUCUGUACAUAGCGGCAUGACCAUUACAUCAACAACUACCGAUAGAACGAAUAAGUUGCAUCACUCGAGUACAAUGCUAAUUACAGAAGAGAAACUAGAACGACAACGUAGCCGCCAGAAAGAGCUAAUUAGCCAGCUAAAAGAUCAGUUGGAAGACUUGGAACGAUAUGCAUACGAAACGGGAGAACUAAAUUCAUUACCAAACUCAAUGCUUUUAGAACGACAGAAUGCCAUCAUAGAACAGCUGAAAUCCAAAUUGCCCAUUUUAUCUAUCGAUGAAAUUGAUCAACUAACACCUGAACAACUUCGUCGUAAAGUCGACCAGGCUGUCAAGGAGCUUGUCAAUCCUGUCAUAAUGAAAGAACAGCUUGUAUCUCAGCUGAAAACCCAGGUAACAGAUCUGGAAAGAUUCAUACAGUUUCUGCAACAAGGCGGCAGUAAAAUGCAUUACAAACAGCUGUACGAACAACAACAACAACAAGCCAAUGGCAAUAUGCCAUUCUCAUCAUCAUCUUCAUCGUCGUAUCUGAUGAAAUUUUUAUCCAAAAAUCGAUCUACGGGUAACGAAGCUUUAGAUAAACAACGAAAUCAUAACAGCAACGGGAAUCGUUCGAAAACGAAAUCCAGAACAAAGCAACGAGGUCAUAACAACGAGCACACUGAAACGGCUGCCAAUAUUUUCAAAAGAAUUUUAUCACUUUUACAUGUCUUUGCUUGGACACAGAUGGGAACCUGUUCGAACUUUACCCGUUAUCAUCAAGACAACAGAAUCCCAUUUGAACAAAAUGUACUUAAAAGAACUACUGCUUCGUGUGCUCGACAUUGGGGUGAUUUACGUGCACAACUAGAAAUAGCCAUUACGUCUAUAUUGGAUUUUUACAAAGAACAGAAUAUGAAUUGCACAACAAUAUCGACGAACAAUGCGUCAGAAGAAUCUGCCAAUUUUAUUUCAUUAGGCAAUACGACAUUGGUCAUCGAUAAUUAUUUUGCUUACGAACAAGUUACGAUUAUGGUACGUAAGGGUCUGGCCAUCGCUCUUCGUAAUCUUAUCCAUCAUGGCCUUAUUGGCCAUUGUAACUGGAAUGAUUCUACCGAUGCAAAUGGAUCACUGUCGUUAACCAGUUCAACUAUGGCCACUACAGGCACUGCCACCACUAUUGGCCAAUUGAUCAGCAUGGGAAUGGGUUGUUUCAGUUCCAAAACGUCACCUACGCUUAUGAGUAAAACACGACCGAUGCAUGUAUGGCAGCUGAUUAUUUAUUACUACGAACUCAAGAAUGGCAGCAAAUUCCGAUCGACACCAAAUAGACGAUUAUCGCAAUCAUUCGGCUUGCAGUCGGUGACCGGACAUCAAACUAGUCCAAAACAUAGUCUGCUUGCAGCAAUUGAUGAUAUCAACGAUUCUCAUACUCGUUUCAAGCGUAACAUGGAUUCUCAUUUCAAAGUGUUUAUCUGUCGUGGCCUCAAUCAACAGAUGCUGUCUCAAUGGUUGAGACUUAUUCUAAGAAAUCCAACAAUUGUGAAUGAAUGUUACGAAAAAUGGUCAUAUACUGCAUCUACUGGAUUCGAAGAUGCACUUCGGCAAUUGGAUCGAUUAUCCAAUCUUCGGUUCUGUUUACCAACCGAUUUGGCACCCAAUCGUAAUCAGAUUGAAAAUUUUGCCAAUCUAGCCGAAAAGAUAUCUGAUCGACAACACACCAAGUAUUGUGAACGUUUUGGUAAUCUUUUGAGUGAAAAAUCGGAAAUUAUCUGGCCACAGGUGAAUAGCCGUUGCAUUGAACGAAUGGUACGUGAUGGAGCCGAAUUACCAUCCAAUUUUCCAAAGAUCGAUGCUGAUAUGCGGAAAAAAAUUGUAACAAUAUUCGAACGAUGUGGACCAAUCGUACAUAAUCCAUGCAUACCACAAGAAUGGGUAGCCAUCAAACAUUGUAUUCGUGAUCAGGCAUUCAACACUAAAUUGUUGGAAUUAAAUGGACAGCCCCAUUUGCCAAAGAAUGUACCAUCAAUCAGUCUUGGUUUGGCAACUGCAGUUCUCGAAUGUACAGAUAAAGUGGUCAAAGAAAUCUGAGCUUUAUAUAUUAUUUUAAAGCACCAUCAUCAUUAUCAUAAUCAUCAUACUAAUUUGUUUACAAAGAUGUUACAUGUUAACAAAUCAAUCAAAUCAAAAGCCAAUAA